ACUGCGAGAAAACGUAUGUAAUGGUAUUUUUAGAACAGCUGGAAGGAAUUUCCAAAGUAGCUUUCCGAAAUCUCUGCCCCUGUGUCUGUUUUAUUUUCUCUGAUCGACAUAAAAGAAAGUUUAAAUGUUUGACAGCAUUUAUGGCUGGUUUCUGCCUUGGGCAGGCUUACUUCCAUUAUUUAUUAAAGUUUAUUUUGCCCAACACAAUUGGUCUAUCGCUGGGAAUAAUAAUAAGUGUAUGUUUAGGUAAGUUUCUUUUUUAAGUAGCAUCUUAGCUGCCGGUUUGUUUCUUUGUUUUGUAUAUUUUGUCGCCGUUUUAGGUAUAGGUAACACAAUAUCAAUUCAAAUAAGAUGUAUUUCUGUACUUUUACUGCCGAUGUACUGUGGAAAAGCUGGGAGAGGUAUAUUAAAGGCUUUUGUGCUUGCAUAUGUCGUUGCAGGUCCUAUAACAAAUAUGGCUUUUAAUGCGAAAGAAGUGGUUCGCGUCUUUGCUUGUAGCACCCAAAUGUCAUGUAAUAUCACAAGACUAAAAUACAAUUUUAUAGCUAAUCCAUUCAGAAGGGCACUGCUGGCUAUGAACCCUGAAACAGAUGAAUUCAAAGGUACGUUAAGGUCUAUUAGAGACAUUAUAAAACCUAUAGAAAUCGAACUGGAGAACAAUAUAGAAAUUCAGAAUACAAAAGUGGAGAAUGAUAUUGUCGACGACAUGUUCUAUUUUCGACAUAAAUCUGAUCUAAUUCAGGAGAAAUAUCGGAUAUCUGCCAAAGACCCUAAACCAAUUAAAUAUUGGAAGAAAUACAUACACAAGAUAGAACUACGCUGUCAAAGACAAAUUGACCAUGCGGUUAUCUCCUGUAUGCGUAUAUUCUCUUCUUCAUAUAAUAUUUGCUAUAGCCUUUUACCGAUACACGCUGGUAUCAUGUGCUGGCCAUUGAUGCUUCCAAACGCUUGUCAUAUUGACCGGUAUCUUGGUUCUCUAUGCAAAUAUGAGGAGCUGUUAGAUCCCGGACUGGGAGAAGGUUAUACGUUUUUGAAGAAAGCUUCGGUCACAUUUAUUGAAAAUCUUCAUGACGUCAACAUAUCUGUGCGAGAAAUUGUUGAAAAUGAUCCGCAUUGUCGACUAGCUAAAGAGAGCGCAGAACAAUUAAUUGAUGCAUUUAAAGAAAAAUACAGUAUAAUGCAAGGUGUUAUUCUAGUAGUAAAUGUUUGUUUAGCUCUUCUCUUUCUAAGACUUGUGACGUCGGCGCAUACUUACCACGAUCUAUAUUUAACUAAUAUAGAUUAUGACAAUGUGUAUAUAACUAGAUACUUUAAGAGGAUUGAUCAGAAGCGUAGAGAUAAACAUAAGUGUACGUUACUACCCCUAAAAAAGAUGGAAAGAAAUCGCUAUAUAGACGUCUACCUAACGUCAUACAUUCCGUCUGAACGUAGCAAGCUUUUCACCCAGAUCUUAAAGCUAACGCUGGAAGCUAUAACGGCGACCACGUUCGUGAUGCUGGACCGUCUCUUCUACGAAGCCUUAGAUGUGGUCCGGCAGUACGCAGACUCAGAACAUUAUGGGAUUGGAGAUUUGGAUGUUCUGGUGGAAGGAAAAGGAUUCCUUGCAGGCAUGGUUCGUAAAAUUAUCGAUGGGUUGGGUAUAGUGAACACAAGUUCAAUAUGCUUAACCAACAAGGAAUGUCGGCCGCAGCCCCAUGCAAUAUUGCCAAGCUAUUACUUUAAAAUAUAUGGAGGAUAUUUGUGGAUAUUGGCGCUGUUGUAUUUAAAUCCUUAUACAUUGCGAUUACGAAGACUAAUCUGUGGUUUUUUCUACCCACAUCGCGAGAAACAGAGAAUAUUGCAUCUCUACAACGAUAUUCUCAAAAAACGUUUAAGAAUGCAGAAAACACUACGUAAAAAAGCAGUGCAAGCGGUGAGGGCUCACUAUCUGUCGGGGGAAAAUCUUCUUAGUUUAAGGAUAAGGUUCCCUCAACUGCUGGGAUGGCUGGGAGCUUUACCGCUCGCGAGGAUGAAGUGUCUUAUAUGCGAAGAAAUUGAACCUAAUUUGAAAAAACGUUGUGAUAAGAGCUGGCAUAACUGUUCCACUAUAAGGUGUCCAUUCGUAUACUGCGAUGAGUGCUGGAAGGAUAUUGGAAGCAGUUGUCUGGCCUGCGACCCUGCCCUUAAUGAGCUCAGUGACGUUGACUCUUUGAGUGACGAUCAGCCUCAGAGAUACUAAUUAGUAACUUAAAUAACUACGUAAAGAAAUCGCGACAGACACCUAAGCGAUAAGUCUCUAAAUGAAACUAGAAAUUGUCACUUAUUCAUUAGUUGGAUUGCUCCAAAUUAAUUUAUUUUAGUAUACUGGUUCCACAGUUCAGAAUAUGCUAGCUUUGCAUAGCACAAC